CACUGCUAAUUUCCCUAGCAAAUAAACCAGCAGCUGCUGGUCCAUGAACCAACUUGCCACUGAGAACAGGGCGCUGUAUGCAUGGGACAGGAUGCUUUUAUGGAGCCCCUCAGCAGCAUGGUUGGGAUCUUUCUGUGCAAAAUAUACUUUCUUCUUAUAGCAGGUGUUUGUUCGGGGCUGAAGGUGACCGUGCCUUCACACACAGUCCACGGCAUCAGGGGACAGGCCCUCUACCUCCCCGUGCACUAUGGCUUCCACACUCCAGCAUCUGACAUCCAGAUUAUAUGGCUGUUUGAAAGAUCCCACACAAUGCCCAAAUACUUGCUGGGCUCCGUGAAUGAAUCUGUGGUUCCUGACUUGGAAUACCAGCACAAGUUCACCAUGAUGCCACCCAAUGCAUCUCUCCUCAUAAAUCCGCUGCAGUUCUCCGACGAGGGCAAUUACAUUGUGAAGGUCAACAUCCAGGGAAAUGGAACUCUGUCUUCAAGUCAGAAGAUACAAGUCACCGUUGAUGAUCCUGUCAUGAAACCAGUGGUUCAGUUCCAUCCUGCUUCUGGGGCUGUAGAGUAUGUGGGCAACAUUACCUUGACCUGCCAGGUGGCAGGGGGUACCAGGCUAGUUUACCAGUGGCUAAAAAAUGGGAAACCGGUUUGCAUCAACUCCAGCCACUCCCUUUCUCCCCAAAACAACACCCUUUGGAUUGCUCCAGUGACAAAGGAUGACAUUGGGAACUACAGUUGCCUUGUCUCAAACCCUGUCAGUGAGAUGGAAAGUGACAUCAUUAUGCCCACCAUAUAUUAUGGACCUUAUGGACUUCAAGUUAAUUCUGACAAGGGGCUAAAAGUGGGAGAAGUGUUCACUGUGGACCUAGGAGAAGCCAUCCUGUUUGACUGUUCUGCUGAUUCUUAUCCACCCAACACUUACUCCUGGAUCCGAAGAUCUGACAACACGACAUACGUCAUUAAACAUGGGCCUCGUUUAGAAGUUGCAUCUGAGAAAGUGGCCCAGAAGACCACUGACUACAUGUGCUGUGCUUACAACAACAUAACGGGAAGGCGAGAUGAAACCCGUUUCACUGUCAUCGUCACUUCUGUAGGACUGGAGAAGCUUGCACAAAAAGGAAAAUCACUGUCCCCAUUAGCAAGUAUAACUGGAAUAUCGCUGUUUUUGAUUAUAUCCAUGUCUCUUAUUUUUCUGUGGAAAAAAUAUCAACCUUGCAAAGUUAUAAGGAAGAAGCUAAAAGGCCGACCAGAGUCCGUGUACAGAAAAGCUCAAACAUUUUCAGGCCAUGAAGAUGCUCUGGGUGACUUCGGAAUAUACGAAUUUGUGACUUUUCCAGAUGCGUCUGGUGUUCCCAGGAUGCCAAGUAGGUCCGCUCCAGCCCUUGAUGGCGUGACAGGGCAAGAUUUUCUUGGAACCAUUUAUGAAGUUAUUCAUCACAUCCCUGCCCAACAAGACAAUCUAGAUGUGGCCCUGAGGAAUCCACAUCUGGGUAUGAAAGGCUCAGUCAGGCCAGUGCUGAGGCCAUCUUAGUAAUCCUCAUGACUUGGCAGUGACCAUGGUCAUUUUACAGCUGCAAUGCUCUGUCACUAAAGAUAACACCGGCAAAAGGCUACCAAGGGAGAAUGGCCGAGUCACAUCAAAGGCCCCACGUCCUCCCAUUCAAGGCUGACUGUUCCCACGUGCAUAAGACUGCUCCCUCCAAGAACAAAACCUGUGUUGAAACAAAAGACAGCAAACAACUUACCCAGUUAAGCUCAAGGUUUUUACUAGAAGACCUGUCUCUUCUCUGCCACGGAGGAGCUAAGCCCACAGUCUCCUGAAAUAAUAAGAUCAACUUCUGUUUAUGUGUAUGUAGCCGCCUGCAGGCCUAACUGCCUCAAAUCGUCUCCCACCCUUUCUUUAGCUGUCAUUUGUUGACUUUGAAAAGAACAUCAAUAACCACACACAGGAACUUCCCCUCUGGCAAAUGGAACAGUUCCAACAAUGUAAUUCCUGCUUGCUUCUGGGUGAAUAUUAAAAAUGACAGCUAAGAGUACAUGAGUGCAUGGAAAACCAUCUGAUGGGGGAAGAGCCCACACACGGGGACAAUGCAGUUGCUUUAGAACUAAAUAUGUGACAAGAAACUUCAGAGGACCCUGUCAGAAAAAAUGCACAUGAAUUUCUGGCUUGAAAUUUAAAAAAAAAAAAAAAGUUUUGGUUUGAAGCAAUAUAUCGCUCGAACUGCCGCCAUUCAGGAAGGAGACACAAUACCAAGAUUCUUGAAAAAUAAAACACUAAAAUGAUACCUGUCCCUCUCUCUUUCUGGAACAGGGGAUGGGGGAAUGUUUUGUUUUCAUACUCUUCUUUUUUGCUUGACAAAUAUUUGUUGUGCAUAGUUAUGGGGUACUAUGUAAUUGUUUUGACCCAUGUAUACCUUGAUUAAUGAUCAAAUCAUGUUGGUUAGCAUAUCUGUCACCAUAACGCUUGAGAUAGUGUCUGCUUCCUAAGACUCAAUCCAGUAAAGAAUGGUUCAGUUUGUGAAGUGCUUGCCUCAAGUGGAGGCCUGAGCUUGGAUCCCAGAACCCACACAGCAAAGCCUGGCAGAGCAGCAAGCACCCAGAGCCACAGGGAUGCAGACCAGAGACAGAAAAAUCCCAGGAGUUUAUUGGCCAGUCAGACUAGCCCAGGUCCAGGAAGACCUUGUUUCAAAUAAAUAAAUAAAUAAAUAAAUAAAUAAAUAAAUAAAUAAAUCAAUCAAUCAAUCAGAAAAGCAAUUGAAGAAGACACCUGGUGAUGACCUUUCCUCUUGCAAACAUAUACAAACACAUACACAUAAAUAUACAUACACACACACAUACAUGUUCACAGUAAAUUGGUCUGUUUUCAUAUGCUAGUACUCAGCUCAAUGAUUUGUUUAGUGAACAUACAGUUGCAUUUGCUGAAAUAUCAUUCAUUAAUACCAUUAAAUGAUCUUGGCUCA